GAGUAGUAUAAUGUCUCUUUUCUUUUUAUGAAAAAUUUAAGAAUAUAUAUGUCUUUAAAAUUUUCUAAUAAGGAUAUAAUUGGAAAAUUUUAUGGAAACACACAUUUUGGGAUACCGAAAUUGAAAAUGCGAAAAUUAAAUAGGGACGGAGGGAGUAUAUGGUAAUAUUUCCAACGUAUUUACUAGGGUCUUCCUUUCAUCUCUUUACAGUCUACAUUUGCAGAAUUGCAGUAAAUAUAAUUGUGAUCAUUUCGGUGGUAUUUUAAUUAAUGGGGAAAAAUGGGGUUAACAAGAGUGAAAAUGGCGGAUUCAGAUCAUUUGAGGAAGAAGUUUACUGGACCAAUUUCAAGUCUUUGCGUUUCUUCCAAUUUCUUUCCUCCGAUUUUCACUCCCAACUUAUGAUACCGAAAGAAUUUUCUAAAAACAUGUGGAAUGAAUUACCACAAAUGGUGGUCCUCAAAAGCCCCGGGGGCUCUACAUGGGAGGUACAACUUGUGAGGGAUGAUAACAACACCCUUUUUUUCAAAGAUGGAUGGAAAGAGUUUGCAAAAGCUCAUAACUUCAAAGAAAAUGACUUGCUCAUGUUCAAGUACACCCGUGAUUCCUGCUUUAAGGUUUGGAUGUUGAGUGGACGGAACUUGUGUGAGAUAGCUGGAUCAUAUUUUGUCAAGAAAUCUGCUCUCGGAAAAAAUGAUGCAGGUGAAAAUUCUAAGUUAAAAAGAAAAAAUACAGCGGAGGGUUCUGCCAAGGCUACAGGAAAUAAGGACAAUUCAGAGCUUGAAGAUUUGGACACUGAAAGAGCCUCAAGGAGGAAGAAUCGUAGGAACUCUACUGGGUGUGGUUUAAGGAAUAGUGGUGCUGAAGAAAAGAACCGUAGUACAGAUGACACACUAGAUAGAGUACCCCCGAGUGAAGCAGAUAAAGAGAGAGCACUGCAAAUGGCGAACCGAGAUUUGACAGUCAAAAGCUUCAUUGUUGUCUUGAAAGAUUGUAAUGUUUCCCAGUACUAUCGCUUGGGUGUUCCUGCACCAUGGUCAAGGAGUUACCUUACUCGGAAGCACCAAGAUAUGGAGCUCCGUGCAAAUGGCAAAAAAUGGAUUGUGAGGUUUAAUGCUGAGCCACGGUAUGGAGGCGGGGUUUUUAUUUCUGGGUGGUCCACGUUCGCUGUGGAUAACUUGUUGCAAGAAUCUGAUGUCUGCUUGUUUAAACUGGUAAGCCAAAAGGAUGAGCCAGUUAUCUUUGAUGUCUCAAUAUAUCGCGCUGUUCCAGAGGCAGCUCACCUCCCUUCUCAUAAAACACCUAAGGUUUAACGCUGACUACCGCUGUUGAAACUCAAGAAAAUCAGUCUGAGAGUAUAUUAAGAUUUCCUUUUUUAGUUUGUGAUUUUUUUUUUUUUAAUCCUGUAAAUCAUUUCGGUGUUGCUCAGACAGUUAGACAGCCUCUUAACCUACUUCCUUGACAAUGAAAGGUAUUUGCCAUAUAUGCAUCACAAUUUUGAGCAUCAUACUGCAUUACUGCUUCUUUCUGAGGCAUUUUGUAAUUUAUCUCAGAGAAGGCGAAGAAAUACCUCAUGCAAAGAGAAGGUAAACAGAAGGUUAGAAGUUGGUGUAUUGCUGCAUCUUAUUACCUACAGUAAUUACUUGAUAUUGAUAAAACUGAUCCAUCCUAGAUCCUCAACUGUGCUCGAAAUUGGAUGACUCGUUUUUUCCCGAACUGAAAUUUACUAUAUACAUGACCCAAUAAGACAUGACUAUAUGAACCAAAGUGGCCAACCAAAACAACUUGUCGUCUGUAUCCAAAGUAUCCGAACAACCCGUUUGCCACUUCGCCACAUCCACAUCACAGUAUAUGGAGCUUUGAUC